UCGAUUCCAUAGAGUUAGAACGAGCCGGCCUGGAAAUAACUUGUAAGCGAGGCUAAAGCGUGAGAAACUGGAACCGAUAAGCAGAAUUAUUUGAAAAAAGUCACCUUCGAAAUGAGUUUAGCGGACUUAGUGGACGAGGCGUUUAUACGAGAGCUUGUUGAACGAGGGUUUUCCUACAAAUCCAUUAGUGAAAGACUCCGAGUUCUCUUUCCUGGUAAGAGUUAUAUCUCUUUGCAUUACCUUUCUAUCUAAAUAUCUGGCUUGUAAUGUUGAUGUUUUCUCCGACAGAGUCACGCGGGCUUAGCGCGCGAAGCGUAAGACGAUUUUGUAAAGACAGAAAUAUAAAUGUAACGUCAUUGCGAUGGAUAUCAGACGAACACCUAGAAGAAAUGGUUUCGACGAACAUCUUGCAGGUGAAGUUGAAUUUUGUGAAUUGUAUCAGUAAACCAGUAAUGUAAAAAUUAAAGUGAUCACCAACUGUUAAUCCCAUCCAUGUAAGCCGGUGUAAUUUCAAUUGCAUGCCUGGUUUUUGGCGGGAAAUAGUUAAUCACACUCGUAUCGUAACCAGCGCUUUUUAGGGGUAGGAAAUCACAUGUCUAUUACCCUGCAAAAAGAGGCUGUAAUGUGUCCACCCCCUUCCCGGGCUAUCCCCUGGGCUUUAGCAUCUUUCUUGAAUGGUAAUUUCCGGGGUUAGGGACACUUAACCAGCGAAAUACCCUGUGAUGGGGAUGAAGGAAGAGUGCAAAUAUACAAACCUAUAAAACAUCUCAAUGAAGCGUACAUUUUGAAUGAGAAAUACAAUGAUUCAUGUCGAUUUUUCUUGAUCUCGCUAUAUAUGGUUAUGUUUCACAUAUAAAGCAUGUGUUGCAACAAAACUUUUGCAAUUUAAAUAUUUUGAUAUAUAAUGAUCAUUAGGGAUAACUGAAUAUGAUAUAAAUCAGUAAAUGCCACAAUUUGUUUUUCUUUCCAGUAUGGACAUACGUAUGGAAGGCGUAUGAUGCAGGGUACCCUACGAUAUCAAAUGCAAGAAAAUUUGCAUUGCCGUGAAAUCAGUCAAAGAAGAAUUUCAAAGAUGCUGAAGAAGGUUGCCCCUCGUGCUCACAGGGAAAGGGCACAUGACUUACUUGACAGAACAAAUCCAGUUCCCUACCAUGCACCCUAUUUUGGAUAUAAGUUGCAUAUGGACCAAAAUGAAAAGAUAGCGCAGGAGUAUGGAGUCACCCAUGUCCAUGCUCUGGAUGGCUGUAGCAGGAUGGUUCUUGGUUUCAUUACAAUACCAAAAAAGAACCCGGUGCUCAUAUACCAAUAUCUAUUUAGGUAAGGACCCAAUUAAUUUUAUGCCUCAUAUGCUGGUUUCUAGAACACUUAAGAAAGCAUACUGUGAAAUUCAGAAACCCAGAAAAGUAUUAUAUACAGUCACAUUAUGCAAUCUGUUAAUGUGUUGCAAGGAGAAAGCCAAUCAGGUCUGAGAAAGGUGAACCAAUUUAAACACAAACAGCAAUGUUAGGUAGUUUUACGUUUUGAGGACUACCCGAGGGUCCUGGUCUCCAAGGUGAUUGGUCUCUAGACAGUCAAUAUCUCUGAAAUAUUUCUGGUAUUCACAAUUUUCUAAGUUUGACACUCACUGAGACUAUAAUAAAAUGACAAUUUCUCAUUUGCAUUAUUGUGUGCUUGCUGUUUUUUAAAAAAGAGAUAACCAAACUCUCUUUUGUGAGAUCUCCAAAAAAUCCCCCAAAGCAUUAAGUAGAUUUUCUUGCUGGGCAAGUUACUUUUCAUUCUUACUUAACCAAUAGGCAAGUCCUCUUGUAACUUAAUGACAAAAAGUAAAAGUAUGCAACUAGCCAGGGCAAGCAAAAAUUAUUAAAGGUGCAGUCUAUCUUCCGAGUCCUAUAAUAGUAAGUAUUUCAAAAUUAAUAUGAACAUUUUUGCUUUUUAUAAAGUCCUCUUUCAUUAUUCCACAUUGUUCUAUUUUUUUUCUGUUUACACAGGCCCUUACUACUUCAAUAUGGGUUAUUUGAUCAGUUACGUGUUGAUCAUGGAACAGAAUUUUGCCUUUGCAUCUUUGUACAGGAGUUACUUAAAAAUAGACGUGGUAAUACCAGCAGAGCCCCUUGGAGACAAACCACAUCUACUAAGAAUUACAGGGCAGAGAGGCUAUGGCCAGAGGAAAAUGCUCGAGUUAACUAUCCUCUUAAAAGGGCACUUAACUUCAUUAAAGAGCAGGAGAUAUUCAAUAUGGAAGACCCCCUUGUUAGUUUUGCAGUUUCUUGGGUAACUCUACAUGUCAGUAAAGUGGGUUCAGAGAACUUUGUCAACUCUUGGAACUAUCACCGAAUUCCAGGUGAGUUUUGGUGCUUUAGACGAAGGCCACUGAACUUUUAUGUUGGUGUCAUUUUUUCCCUCAAUUUUAUUAACCAUGAUUAUGUGUUUAUUGUAACAUAUCUGUUUUUUAUGUGAUAUUUCCCAUUUAGUAAUGGUUUUGUGAUGUUGUUCUGUAAGGAAUAUUAACUCUAGCCCAAGUAGCUGGGAGAAAUAUAGUCAAAAGCCUAGUAAUUAAAUUGAAAACUAGAUUAUUAGAGGUCCUCAUGAUACCUUGCAAUAUCUAUUUCAAUUUUCACUUACAGGGCCCAAGGGGUGUAUACCCAUUGAAAAGAUGACAGAAACAAACAUGGCUGUUCAGCUUGAACCACAUGAAAUUCCAACAACUGCAGAGGUUGUACAAAUGUAUGAAGAACGAGGUGGAAGUCUCAAUAGGGAUCCAAGCAUUGGUUGUGAUCCAAUUGCAUGUUAUGAUCAUUUAAUGGCAUCAAGAGAGUAUUUGUUUAUGUCUCAAAACCCAUCAUUUGAAAGCAUGUUUUCAGAUGUUGUCCAUAAUAAGAAUGAAGCAUUAGUCAAUGCCAUCAAAAGCUUUAUUGACAUAACAAAUUCACUUGCCAAUCAAGCAAUUCCAUGACUACAGAUUUAGACUUAAUCUAUUUUCCAUAACAGAACUUCAACAGUU